AUGUCUCUCAACCCUUAUGCUCAGCCAUUGACGGCCCUGGAAAGACUGCAGAGGGUACAACAGACAGUUGAAGCAUCAGUUGCUAAUCACACUGGAGAUCUACGCGCGGUCAUCCAACACAUCUACAACAAUCCAGAGCUUGCAUUUGAAGAGUACAUCGCUCAUGACACCAUCUGUGACUUCCUCGAGAAACUUGGGUUCAAAGUCACUAGAAAUGCGUUUGGCGUGAAGACUGCAUUUGAGGCGCUUUCUGGUGAAGGGGGACGUUUAAUCAGUAUUGAUGCGGAAUAUGAUGCUCUUCCAGAAAUUGGCCAUGGAUGUGGCCAUCAUCUGAUUGCCGCGACUAGUAUUACAGCCUUCCUUGGUGUCCACUAUGCAUUACAGAAGCAUGGUGUUGCGGGCCGCAUUCAAUUGUUAGGCUGUCCAGCAGAAGAGAACCAAGGUGGAAAGGUGGUAUUAACCAAAAAUGGAGCGAUGAAAGGAGUGGACGCUGCUAUCAUGGCCCAUCCCAUCUCCCCAGAGAAGGCUGAUCCCAGUAUUACCGCCAUCGGAGGCCUUCCAACACUGGCUAUGCAGAGAUGGGUCGUCGAGUAUCACGGCCGGGCUUCCCAUGCAGCUGGACACCCUCACAAAGGCCUCAAUGCUUUUGAUGCGGCCGUUGCUGCAUACAACAACAUUGCUUUCCUGAGACAACAGACCCUAUCUGAAGAGCGAAUCCACGGUUGUGUUCUUGAGGGGCCAAAGGUCCCUAAUACAAUCGGUCACUAUACGAAGUCAGUGUGGAUUGCCCGUAGCUUGAACAAGGGGACCUUGCUAGCCUUAUCAAAGCGUGUCCUGGCCUGUUUUGAAGCCGCAGCAAUUGCCACAGGAUGCACUGUGACCAUAACAGAGGGCAACAUGUAUACCGACACGAUUAUAAAUGAAACGCUCUGUAACCGAUAUACCGAGAUUGCAAAUAGCAUUGAAGGCCAAAAUGCGAGACCUUUCAACACCAAAGUUGAGACUGGCUCUACCGAUUUUGGUAACUUCACUUAUGAGUGUCCCGGAAUACAUGUUUUCUACAUGAUUAAAUGCUCGCCGGAGAUAUUUGCGCAUCACCAAAAUUUCACUCAGGCCACAGGAACUGAUGAUGCCUUUCAUCGCGCUGUACAGACUGGAACACUUCUCGCUCUUACCACUUGGGAUCUAUUGACCGAUGACUUACUAUUUGAACAAGCCAAGAAAGAGUGGGAGGCUUCGGUGAAAGAAAACACUCAAGAGUAA